AACCGAGAACAGAAGGUAAACCUGAGAACAGCGAACUCUCUUUAUCCCUUGGUUCUUAAGAAGGUAAACCCUGUUUUUCAAAGGAGGUAAACCCUAAAUCUUGAAAACUUUUUUCAAUAAGAGGUUGCAUCUCUCUGUAUCUCCCCUGUUUUUCAAAGAAGGUAAACCCUAAAUCGAACGGCGAACUCUAAGAAGUGGAAGAAGAAACCCAGAGGUAAACCCUAAGUCGAAAGGGCAAAUGAAGCAUUUCAGUAGCUAAAUCGAAAGGGCAAAUGAAGCAUUUAGUCUGAUAAGUACUUGUUUAGGUCAGAAUGCCUCAGAGACACUCGAAGAACAAUAAUGAUCUUGCCUUCUUCACAUAUGAUGAGAAAAAGAAGCUCGGGUAUGGGACUCAAAAGGAAAGGCUCGGAAAGGAUUCUCUAAAACCAUUUGAUGCUUGCUGCCUCUGUCUAAAGCCAUUUAUCGAUCCUCUUUGUUGCCAAAAAGGCCAUGUAUUUUGCAAAGAAUGCAUAUUGGGGUGCUUGUUGGCCCAAAAGAAAGACAUAAAAAGGAAGCUGGCUAUCCAUGCUGCCCAACAGAAGCAAGAGAAAGAAGAGGAAGAGGAGAAGUUAAUGUUGCAGAAGGCCCAAGAAUUAGACGCUUUUGAUCAGCAAAACCACGGUGCAGUUCCACAAUACAAUGAUCGAAGCCAUGUGCGAGAUAAGCACAGUUUCCAGGGAGCAAACAGUGUGAAAGUAACAUCUUAUGAAGAGGAAGCACUUCGAACCAUGAAAGCAUUUUGGCUUCCUUCCGCUACGCCUGAAGCCGCCGUCAAAGUUGAGGCUCCCUCCACUGAUACCAUCUGUCCUGAAGGGAAAGAGAAACUCAGGCUUAAGUCCCUUUUCCCAGUGUACUUCACAGAAGAGAGUGAUGACAGGAAAUCUGGUUCUUUAAACAGCAGUUAUAUGUGUCCUAGCUGCAAAGUUACUCUUACAAACACCCUAACACUUGUGGCUGUGAGCACUUGUGGACAUGUAUAUUGUAAGAAGUGUUCAGAUAGGUUUUUGGUUGCUGAUAAGGUGUGUUUGGUGUGUGAUAAGGGGUGUAAGGAGAAGGGUUUAGUGUGCCUAGAGAAGGGAGGGACAGGGUUCUCGGGUCAUGGUAAUCAUUUGGAGGCAACGGAUUUCAAGCACCUUGGAAGCGGGAGUGGUCUGGGGCUUGUGCGACCUGCAGCAACAACAUAAAGGCAUUGACUGGAAGCCGGGCAAGAGUAAUCCCCAAAGGCAACUUUCGCUAAAAUAUGAAACAUAAUUGCUGCCGUGGAUUAGUUACAUAUGUUGUUGCGAAUUCUAGCAUUGUUGCAGGGGUUGCGCUUGUAGCUGAAUGAGCUUUUUUUGUAUUCUUUGCGCAAGGGUUUCCCCUUAAUGCUCUAUGUUACGCUAUAUAGGAAGAGUUACCGUCGCUCUUUCUGCACAAUGAGAUGAGGAUGAUAUGCUAAAGGAGAAGAUUUGUGACUUGUUCAAGGUGUCUUGAGUGUCAUCUGUCCUGUAGACUGAAAGUGCUCAUCACCUUGCGAGAGUAAAAUGGAGUAUCAAAUGCUCUCUUCAUUUCA